AUCAUCGGCAAUCAGUGCUAGUAAAGCAGUUAGCCGUACGACAAGUACAACCAGCUCCACACCAAAAGUAAAGAGGAGACGCACGGCGGGAUCGAGCAAUGCCGUCGUCGCAAGCCCUAGCGCUCGUCUCGCUCUCGCUCGCUCUCCUGCUCUGCUGCACCUCCCCCCUCCUCGCCCAUGCCCAGACACCGGCGACCGACCCGGCGGCCGACGUCUGCGCCGCCCUGGCGACGGACGACGCCUGCCACAACGUCCCCAAGGCGCUGCGCCUCAAGCUCAUCGGCAUCCCGACCAUCCUCGUCUCCAGCGUCAUCGGCGUCUGCCUGCCGCUCUUCGCCAAGUCGGUGCCGGCGCUCCAGCCCGACCGCAACCUCUUCUACGUCGUCAAGGCCUUCGCGUCCGGGGUCAUCCUCUCCACCGGCUACAUGCACGUGCUCCCGGACUCGUUUGACAACCUCAACUCGCCAUGCCUCCCCGAGAAGCCCUGGAGGCAGUUCCCCUUCACCACCUUCGUCGCCAUGCUCGCCGCCGUCUUCACGCUCAUGGUCGACUCCCUCAUGCUCACCUUCUACAACCGCAAGAAGACGGGCCAGGAUGCCGGGGCUCCCAGCAGCGCCGCCGUCGCCAACCUCGAGAGCCCGGAGCCGGAAGCACACUGGCACACCCACGGUCACGGCCACGGGACGGCGUUGGCCAAGCCCGACGACGCCGAGGCCGGCCAGAUGCAGCUCCGCCGGAACCGCGUCGUCGUUCAGGUUCUGGAGAUGGGCAUCGUGGUGCACUCGGUGGUGAUCGGGCUGGGCAUGGGGGCGUCGCAGAGCGUGUGCACCAUCCGGCCGCUGGUGGCCGCCAUGUGCUUCCACCAGAUGUUCGAGGGGAUGGGGCUCGGCGGCUGCAUCCUCCAGGCGGAAUACGGCACCAAGAUGAAGGCCGGGCUGGUCUUCUUCUUCUCCACUACCACGCCGUUCGGGAUCGCGCUUGGGCUGGCGCUCACCAAAGUGUACCAGGACAACAGCCCCACCGCGCUCAUCGUCGUCGGCCUGCUCAACGCCGCCUCCGCGGGCCUCCUGCAUUACAUGGCGCUUGUCGAGCUUCUCGCCGCCGACUUCAUGGGGCCCAAGCUGCAGGGCAGCGUCAAGCUCCAGCUCAUCUGCCUCACCGCCGUCCUCCUCGGCGCCGGCGGCAUGGCCGUCAUGUCCAAAUGGGCGUGAGUUAGCGCGCCCGCGCGGGAACGUGCCUACUCGUCCAGCCUCGUCGAUCGCGCUACAUUAUCAUGUGCAUGUGUGUUGCAUCGCGUGUGUUUGCUCCCUAGUUCAUAGAGUAGUAAUUAAGCUUGCUUGAUCGAUCGCUCUCAGCUAGCAUCUCUCCUAUCUCUGUAAAGAAAUAUAAGAACGUUUAGAUCACUAAAAACGCUCUCAUAUUUCUUUGAUGGAGUACGUUGUAGCAAUCUUAAUGUUGAUGUCCACCGGACACCUGUUAUAGUACUACUAUGUGUGUACAAUGCCAUUGCUUUUCUGGUAAUGUUAACUGGGCUGUCGUGUCAAAUUA